UUCGACCAAGUGUUCUAUGGUGGAAACAAAAAAAGAAAAGCAUAGCUGGAAAAGGAAGGGUUCGCUCUACUGCUAUGGUUCUGCUUCCCCCACCCCCAACCCAGAGAGAGAGAUAGGAACAGAGAGGGAGAGGGAGAGGGAACGCAGCAGAAGAAGAAACAGAAAACAAGAGAACCGCAGCGCAAGUCUUCGCACACACUAGGGCUCAGAGUCCCUCUUCUGGACUCUGCGCCGCCUUCUUCUUCGUUCUCCAUGGAUUCUCUUUCCUUUGGGCUUUUACGUUUCAUCCCCCUUUACCUCUACGUGUUUGCUUCGUCUGCACGGAGUUCGAUUUUUGAGAGAGGAGCCUACUGAUUCCCACCACUCCUCUCUCUCUCUCUCUCUCAACCCCUCUUUUUUUUCUUUCUCAGGCUGGCAGACCUCAAGGCAACCCUUGCGUCUCUCGUGGUCUACCUGUCCUCUAGAUUCGCGGAUCCCUUUGAUUUCAAAUCGAAGAAGAAGAAGAAGAGGAGAGGCGGAGAAGAUUACCGGGUUAAGAUGCUCUGGAUCAUGAGGUUGUCCGGUUUCUUCUCCGCCGCAAUGGUUAUGAUCGUUUUGUCUCCUUCUUUGCAAUCUUUCCCUCCCGCCGAAGCCAUCAGAUCCUCUCAUCUCGAUGGAUACCUCCGGUUACAUGGCCAGAUUAAGUCCGUCAAUUCCUUGAAUCGAUUCUCCUUCAGAAAAGCCUCGGCAUUUCGCAAUGCGGAGGAAUGCGGCUCUGCCGACACCAGCAAAAUAACCGUCUGCGACCCUUCUCUCGUCCACAUAGCCAUCACACUCGACGUCGAGUACCUCCGAGGUUCCAUCGCCGCCGUUCAUUCUGUCCUUCAGCAUUCCACAUGCCCUGAGAAUAUCUUCUUCCAUUUCCUGCUCUCAGAGACGAACCUUGAAACCCUAGUACGGUCUACGUUUCCGCAGUUGAAGUUCAAGGUGUAUUACUUCGAUCCGGCGAUUGUGAGGAACUUGAUCUCGACUUCCGUGCGGCAAGCACUGGAACAGCCGCUGAAUUAUGCGAGGAAUUACCUUGCUGAUAUCCUUGAACCUUGCAUUCGGCGAGUGAUUUACCUGGAUUCCGAUCUCGUGUUGGUGGAUGAUGUUGCCAAGCUAUGGGCGACGGACCUUGGUUCCAGAACCGUGGGAGCGCCGGAAUACUGCCAUGCCAACUUCAGCAAGUACUUUACGGCCAAUUUCUGGUCGGAAAAGCGGUUUUCGAGCGCGUUGGCAGGGAGGAAGCCGUGUUACUUCAACACCGGAGUGAUGGUGAUGGAUCUGGUGAAGUGGAGAAGGUUUGGGUACACGAAGAGGAUCGAGCGGUGGAUGGAGAUUCAGAAAAAUAGCCGGAUUUACGAGCUUGGUUCUCUACCGCCGUUCCUUCUGGUAUUCGCUGGACACGUGGCACCGAUCGAACACAGGUGGAACCAGCACGGACUCGGAGGGGAUAACGUCAAGGGUAGUUGUCGUGAUCUUCAUCCCGGUCCGGUUAGCCUCUUGCACUGGAGCGGGAGCGGCAAACCUUGGCUCAGGCUCGACUCGAACCGUCCUUGCCCUUUGGAUGCACUGUGGGCCCCAUACGACCUCUAUGGUCCUUCGCCGUGGCCUUUCCCGUCGCAGUAGGUACCGUCGCCGGUAAAUUCCUCCAGGACUGUUUCUCUCUCUCUAUCUCCUUUUUUUCCAUUCUCCUUUUUUUAAUUUGUUAUAUUUUUUUCGUAUUCCAUUUUUUACCCCUCCCCCUAUCUUCGUCCCUUGUGACCUACGCAUUUUUCUUAAUUUUUCCUUUUUUUUUUUAAUUAUUUCUUAAAAAAAACUUUUAUCAGGUGAUAUUUGUAUUCUAUUCUAUUAUUCGUGCCUGUGAAAAUAACGAGAAAAAGGGUACAGGAUAUUCAGAUUAAAUUGUUUUCUUCGGAUUGCUCGCUUCUUCCUUAUAUAUAAAUAAGAAAAUUUUUUUAUUUAA